AUGAGUGAACAGUCCGAGCAAGCGUCGCAGUCGCGCAGCAUCGAUGAACUGGAACGCUUGGUACAACAUUUCGUCGCAGCCAAGCGCUCUCUGUCCUCUACUGCUUUGGUUGCGCGAGCCCACGAUGUCGUGACAACGGCUAGGCAUCUUGUCGAGGAGUCAGCCGUACUGUCGGCCAAGAAUGCCUUUCUAAGGCAAGGAGUGUUGGAGGAAGCAAAUGUCUUGGUGGCCGUGAGAGAUGGUCUGGACAGCAUCGGCCGCGAGACUGAUGUUGACUUCAAGGCAGUGAUACAUCAACUCGAUCUCGCCGACAACCGCCUGCAAGCCACUUUGGCUCAACUGCUCAAUACCCAAGUAGACACAUCAGAACUGCACUCGCGAGGUGCCACUGCCGACAAACAGAAGACGUUGCACGACUUUAUCGACGAGAACACACAUCUGAACCUCAUCGAAUCUCUCCGCGGCACCAUCGACUCGCACAAAGCUGCUGAAGCCGACUUCCAACACUCCCAAGACUCAUUCGACGAUCAGAUCCGUUUAGUCGACGCUGCUGUAGAUGAUGCUGAUCAAGCUACUGAAAACCGGGAUGACCUUUCGCCUGUACCACCGCUUUUUCAAGCCCUGACAACACAUGCUACCGAGAUGGCUUCACUGCUAAGCUCCUUGGUUGCACAUUAUGACCUGUGCACAUCGGCUCUCAAGCACACAGAAGGAGGUGGUGAAGCUGCUCGACAAGCCAACCCUUCUUCUGCCUAUGACGCUCCCGAAGACAGUCUGUACAAGAACCUACCACUCGGUCCUAUGAAUGAACAAGAACGUCAGGAGAUGCUUGCUGUCGUCGACAAUGAUGCUCAAGAGGUGGAAGACGUCGUGCUUGAGAUUGGUGAACGCCUCUCCGAGAUGGAACAAACACUUGAGCAAAUGCAGUCACUUUCGCAAGCAGUCCGCUUGCGUCACAAACUUCUCAACCGUGUGCUGGAUCAGCUUAGCACGCUUGGAGGCAACCUUCCCAUGUUCAUCGCCGCCGCCAAGCUCUAUGGCAACAGUUGGAACACACUCAAGGAAACUCUACUUGCAAAGGCCGAGGAGCUGGCUUCCUUGACUGACUUUUACGAUUCCUUCAUCACCUCUUAUGACUCGUUGCUCGAGGAGGUUGAUCGUCGACAUGCCGUCGAGAGUCGAAUGCAGCGUAUUGCCGACAAGGCUCGUCGUGAGAUUGAGGCACUAUACAAGGAGGACGUUGCCAUGCGCGAGGAUUUUGUUCGUGGGACUGGCGAAUUCCUGCCUCGCGAUAUCUGGCCUGGUUUAGUCGAUACUCCAAGGCGCUGGGAGAUCAGAGCUGUGUCACCUGAAAUUCAGCAUGAGUCGCUUCGGAACAGUGGAGAGCAAUAA